CAGGCUAUUCCUUCUUAGAGGAAACACUGCAGCCUUCUGGACUGCGUCUGCCUCUCCAGGGAGAGGCUGACUGUGCUGUUCCACCCACAGGCUGGAAGGAGGGGGUCUGAAUGAAAGACAAGACAAGCCCUAAACACCAAGUCACACCGUCAGGGAGACAGCAGCAGCAACUAGGCUGGAAGGUUUUUUUUCCCUUUCUUUCUUAAUUCCUUCCUUUCUUUUUCUUUUUUCCCCCCACCUAUCAGGGGGAGGAGAGAGAGACAGAGAGAGAAAGAGAGAGACUGUGAGUAAGGAGGCUCUGCAGGAACCAUCUGAGUUACAGCACACACAGCCCUCCUGCUUCCCAUCACGGGACUAUACUCACCACUGGCUGGAUUAUACUAUAUACAAGCUCAUUUCAUAAAUAAGGAGAACAUUAAAAAUAAAAGGGGGAGGAAGACUGACUGGAAGCAUUCUUUGCCUGUUGUUGUUUUUUUUUUAUAUCUAGAGAUCUAUAUUUUUAAGGAUAGAUGUUUUUGUUGUUGUUUUGGAAUUAAAGAUUGCUGAAACAAAUAAAUACAAGGGCAAAGAACUCCUGGAAGAAGACCGCUGCUUCUGCUGCUGCCAGGGAUAGUGGUCUCUGGUUGGGAAGAAGGGCCUGGGGGCAUUACACCCUGUCAACGAGUUUUCUGCAUCAGAUAUAAGGAUUCCAGCUACAUGGGCAAACGUUUGGAACAGCAACCAAUGUACCCUCAGUACACGUACUACUACCCUCAUUAUCUCCAAACCAAGUCUUAUGCACCAGCUCCCCACCCCAUGGCUCCCCCCAGCCCCAGCACAAACAGUAGUAACAACAGCAGCAACAGCAGUGGGGAGCAGCUGAGUAAAACGAACCUGUAUAUAAGAGGACUUCCACCUGGCACCACAGACCAAGACCUCAUUAAACUUUGUCAACCGUAUGGGAAAAUUGUAUCAACUAAGGCAAUUCUUGACAAAAACACAAAUCAGUGCAAAGGUUAUGGAUUUGUAGAUUUUGACAGUCCUGCAGCAGCGCAGAAAGCAGUUGCAUCUCUGAAAGCCACUGGUGUACAAGCCCAAAUGGCAAAGCAACAAGAACAAGACCCAACAAAUUUGUACAUCUCAAACUUGCCAAUUUCGAUGGAUGAGCAGGAAUUAGAAAACAUGCUGAAGCCAUUUGGACAUGUUAUUUCUACUAGAAUAUUACGAGAUGCGAAUGGAGUGAGUAGAGGAGUAGGAUUUGCUAGAAUGGAGUCUACUGAAAAAUGUGAAGUGGUCAUUCAGCAUUUCAAUGGAAAAUAUUUGAAAACACCACCAGGUGUACCAGCUCCACCAGAGCCUUUAUUGUGUAAAUUUGCGGAUGGAGGACAAAAGAAAAGGCAAAAUCAGAGCAAAUACACACAGAAUGGAAGGCCGUGGCCAAGGGAUGGCGAGACUGGAAUGACAUUGACAUAUGACCCUACAGCAGCUAUGCAGAAUGGAUUUUAUUCUCCGCCCUAUAAUAUUGCAACAAACAGAAUGAUUCCACAGACAUCCAUCACACCUUUUAUUGCUGCUUCCCCUGUAUCUACGUAUCAGGUGCAGAGUACAUCAUGGAUGCCUCACCACCAAUAUGUUAUGCAACCAACGGGUGCUGUUAUAACACCAACGAUGGACCACACCAUGUCAAUGCAGCCAGCCAGUAUGAUGGGCCCUCUAACACAACAAAUGAAUCAUCUCUCUUUGGGGACAACCGGAACGUAUAUGACUGCUGCACCUAUGCAAGGGGCCUAUAUUCCCCAGUAUACCCCUGUGCCUCCCACAGCUGUUCAAGUUGAGGGUGUUGUUGCUGAUACUUCUCCUCAAACAGUGCCAUCUUCAUCACAGGACGCAAGUGGACAGCAGCAACAAAUAACUGUAGAGACAAGUAAUGAACACUCACCUGCAUACUCCUACCAACAGUCUAAACAAUGAACAGGACUGAAGAAUGUUGGUGUGAAAACCUUGCCUUGAAUGGAACACUUCAUCAGGAAGUUGACGUCCACUUUGCACAGGCAUCAAACAAAAGAGUCCCCCCCUUUUAAUUUUUUCUACCUUGCUCAACAGUGUUUUUUAUGUGCAGUGCUUAAAAAAAAAAAAGAACAAAAAAAAAAGUUCAGUUAUGUAGUCUGACAAUUUUAUUUUUGCUACUCUUUCUUAAUGAAGACAUACCCAGGGAGAAACAUGCUGGGUUAUCAUUUCAUCUGGAUCUUGAAGAACAUUGCAAUCUGCAGGUGUACAGCUGAUACAGUAGUACAGACAUUUGAGAAGAGAGAAACUGAUGACAAGAGGCUGCACUUCAGAUGGAACCAUACCUGUCUUCCUCUAAAAUUAAGAUACCCAUUUUUUUUCUUUUCAUUUAUUUCAGAUGCUUCUGUUUAUUCUUUCUUCCAUAGGAAUGAUUAUCAUGAAUUCUACUUGCCUUAAUUUUAAGGACGUCUGAAGAUCUAACAGCAAGAAAUCAGCAUACAAAUAGGACAUGAGGCAUACGAUUCGGCAUUUUCAUUUUACCUAACUGGUGUUGAAAUAUCAUAUGGUUUCCAGGGUUAGAUAUGUGAUCUACAGAUUGAGAUGAAAUUCUUUUAAAGAGACAUUUUGCUGAUAAAAAAAUGGCGUCUGCAAGAAUUCAAAAAAUGUCUGGACUUCUCUGAACUUUAUCUUAAGUGUUAAUAGGAAAAAAACUAUAGAUAGCUGUAGCUUUUUACAUUGUAAUUAAUGAACUAUGAAAAAAAUGAACUGCAUUGAGGGAAAUGCAGUUAUUUUGGUUGAAUGCUGUUUUUUAUUUGAAUUUUUAUUUUCAGUUUAUUUACCAAGUGUGAUCGCUAGCAUAGGCAUUAGUGCUUUCUAUCUGCAAUCUUUUUUAUGAGCUUUAAGAGAUUUCUAGUCAGCUUUGCUUGUCAUAUUGCAAAAAAAGAUAGCUUAGUAGUGUUAAAAUUAGGUAGGAGUUUACGGUUAAAAAAAAUUGCAAAAAAACAGCAAUAGCUUGAAGAAAUUGUUGACAAUUUCUGUAGUAUUUCCUAGUUGUAAUCAAAUGCAGCCUAUGGAUGGCCAAUUUUAUACCAAAGAGGAAGUGACACCUAAAGCAGUCAUGAAGACAGUAUGUUUUGUUUUGUUUGUUUAGCUUUUAUUUCUUUUUAUUUGACCUACAUGGCCGGACCAAUUUUUACUUUCAUUUCUGUUUAAACUACAGUAGCUUCCACUGGUAUUCUGUGUCAUACAUACAGUAUUGUUUGUAAAACAAUGGUAAGUUAGUACUGAUAAAUCCCACAUAGUACCUGCAGCCUUUAAAAAAAAAAAAAAAAAAAAUCGUAAGCCAACUAUCAUUUAUCUAUGGCAUCUAAAAUCCUUUUUAUGGUAUCGCUUUAUAUUUUGUAUACUUAUAAGUCUUCCUUGUUUUUCUAACUAGACCUCUCAGUAGCUCAGUUUGUUAAACCUGCAUACAAUGACAGCAUAUUUUGUUUACAAUUUAAGUGUUGUCUGUCGUUUUUUACAUGAAUCAUUGACAAUCAUUUACUUGGUAUAAAAGAGGACACUAAAACAGAACAUACAUUUUGGGGAAAGAAACAUUAAAUGUUUACUUAUUUCAUAAAAAAGGGCUUUAAUAAGUCAAUGGAAACUACAGAACUAAUUUUUAGAAACCCAAAUCCCUCAAAUUGAAUAAUAAUGAGAGCUGGCUAAUGGGAAGCCAUGGGUAACAUUACUCAUCCAAUUGAUUUUCACCGCUUUAAAAAAAGUCUUAAAUAAUUGAUAUUUUGUGGUUCUGCCUCCAGAGGGCAGUGUAUGUUCUAAAAGUUGGACUCCCAAUUUUUUGCUGAUAAGGUGAGGUGGGGGCUAAGAAUGGAACUACAUUUUUGGUAAUUGCCCCUUUUGCACUUAUUAUAAAGUAGCCCUUGGUACUACUGUAUGUACUUUGCAUUUGAGAAACAUUUAACUAUUUUUUUUGGCCAUACCAUGUCCCUUUCUUGCUUUACCAGUGAGGUUUGAACGUAGAAAAUAAAAUAUUUUUCCAUUGCUUCAUUUUCACUCUAUGUACAAGCAUAUCCAGAAGUGUUCAGGACACAUUUCAUGCAUUUCCAUAAUAAAUUACAAAAGUGUAAGUGUAACUGAAGGAGCAGUCAUGAUUUGGAUGCAAACCCAUCUGCAUAUUUUUUUUACUGAUGAUAGAUAUGAGAGUAAUUGGUGAGCCAACAGGUCUACAGAUAAAUGCCAGACCCACAAAACCAUCUACAAAAUUAAAAAUAAGAAGAGUAAAGCAUUUUGCUCAUCACUAAUUAACUAGAUAAAUUACAGGAGUUGUGCACCUUUAGCUGGUGUCAGGAAUCCCUUUUAAGGAACAUUUCAGUAACAUUCACAAAUGCAUAUGCUGUUUCCACGUGUUUGUGGGUUAGUAGAGACCCAUAAGUGCCCCAUAAGACUUGUUUUCUCUCUGGUUAUCUGUAUUUUUAUAAUGAAUCAGUAAAUACACAACAGGUAAAACCAUAAUGUGUAGUAUGGGUAUUUGUGAAUGUAAUAAAAUGAUCUUUUAGAGGAAAAUACCCUUGAUCCUAGUUAUAAUUGUUCCCAAACAUGUAAUAGACAUGUUAUAAUUAAUGUACAAAUUGAUAUCAUUCUAUUCAAUACAUAUAUAUUUUCAGUCGUGAUUGGAUGUUCAUAUGAGUUCAUCCAAAAAAGUAUCUGUUUGUUCCCAUCACAUACAAAAGACAGUUCACAUCAAGAAUCCACGUGUCUUUAAAUGUAUUAUUGUUUUCUGUGGUUUGUUAUUUAAAGGGAUGUCCACUCAAGCCACCUAAACAUUUAAUGCUCAAUGGUCACCUACAGAACUGCUCUCUAAUAUGAUUUAAUUUGAAGUUAGAAAUGAUCUUUGUGUUGUAUUAUUUAAUUUUGUUUUUUAUUAAUGGCUUCUGUGCAGAGCUUCUAUCCAAUAAAAGCAUAAGUAUAGACAACUGAGCAGCUAAUAAUAUAAUUAUGUUCUGCUGCUGAUGUUGGAAGGAACUACAUUUACCAUAAUCCAGCUCACAGUGCUACAAGUCACCAUAUAUUGUAGGUAUGCAGUUAAGGACUGCAAACUUGCUCCUAUUCAAGUGAACUCACGUAUCAUAUGGAACUUCAACCUUUAGUACUGUAUAUUCAAAUUAUGUGAUCACAGGUGACAAGGAUUAAAAAACCUCAUACUUUGGAAGAGGGUUUGCCACCUCUUUCUAACCUGAGUGCCCAUUAAUUACCAGAAACCAGGAUACAUCUUCCCCUAUACCAGGACCUCAUAAUGUGUCUGUAUUGUAGGAGGUUAAUGUCUUUUGAUCACAUCUAUACAAAUUUUAUGGUUCUCCUAGUUUUGAAAGACUAUAUGUGGGUGGGGAAGAUUUUUUUUAUUCUAUAUCCCCCUGUCACUGUGGAGGAUGAGUGAGGCUCAUCCUUGGUAGUCUUACAGUACACGAGAAGGGUAAUACAUGUUAAAGAAAAAUAGUUAUCAAAAGCAUUAAGUGCUACAAGGCACCAUAUAUUGCAGGUGUGCAGUUAAGGACUGCAAACUUGCUCCUAUUCGAGUGAUUACAUAUCAUAGGGGACUUCAACCUUUAGCACUGUAUAUUUAAAUUAGGUAAACUAUUGUGAAAACAAAGCAAAAAACAGCCAUACUGUAUAUUAUUCCACAUAAGAUACUGUAUGAUCAAAUAUAGAAAGACUGCUUUGAGUGGACAUCACCUUUACACAAUGGUUUUUAUUGGAAUUCUUUUUUAUAUAUACUGUGCUGGCAGCUUUUUUCUUUCUUUCAUGAAAAUGCAGUAUACAUGUUAUAGUAGCCAGAAAAUAUUGUUUAAUAUGAGUGGACACAGUUUUUAUUUUUUAAUCUUUUCAAACUAAGAAAGCCUCAAUAAUUAUCAGCACUUAGGUUCUGAUGUAGCUACCAUGUGGGCAAUGGUAAAGAGGAAAAUAAUCUUUGUCUGGUCCAAACACUGCUGCUAUUUUUACUUGUGUAAACUAAACAACUACCCACUUUAAGCUGCUAAAUGGUAAAGAGUCUCUAUUAAAAUAAAAUAAAAAUCUCAUGCCUGGGGCAUAUGUUGUUUUUUUCUUCUACAAAUGGUGUUGUGUGUAAUGGGGACAUACUGUAAAUGUUUGCUUUGUUAAAGUCUUACAGAUUAUGGCAUAUUUUUGUUUUUGGUUCAUUAGAGCAUUUAUUAUAGAAAUAUAUUUUUGUUUCAGUUCACAUUAUACACAAAAUCUGUAAUACUAAGGGCUAAAUAUACCAUUGGGAGAUCUAGAGAAUGAAUUGUUAUGAACAUUUGUACUACGCCAUUUUUAUGUUGCAGCUACUAUUUGUCAUUACCAUUGAAGUGUCAUAUUUUGUAGAUUUAGAUGUAUCCACAUUUUUGAGACAGCUCUUCCCAUGUCAAAUCACCCAAGUGUAUAUUUAGCAUUAAAAUGUGUUUUUUGUGUGUGAUUGAAAUAAAC